AUGGUUGCUCAAGUUUCCUUUGAGAAGGAGAACGGUUUCUCUAGUUAUUUUAACUAUUCUACCAACUUAAAAAUUGCUCUAGCUUUAGAGUAUGCUACAAAGGAUUUAAAGAUUCAAGUUAAUGAUGAUAAUAAGACUGUCCAAUUUGUUAAUCAAGUUCAAGGCCAAGAAUUCACUCUGUUCAAUGCUAACGCAAUUCUUUCUUACGCUAUGAAUGAUUUUGCUGGUCAAGACUCAGAAGAAUAUCAUUACGCAGAAUCUUCUUUAGAAUCUUUCUUCCGUCAACAAGAAAUUCCUCAAGAACAUGCUACCGUAUGUGUUCAAAAGACUUUGGACAAUUAUUUGACAUCUUUGGAAGAACCAAUGACUUCCUUGAAAUUAAUUACUUUCGUUAACGCCUUCACCUUAGAUCCAGAACAAAUUAUUGCUCGUUUCCCAAAUUUCCCAGAGAAAAUUAAGAAUGCCAUUACUUUGGCCGCUAAACAUACUCCUCGUUCUUCAAAGAAUUUUAAACAUACUGGUGCCUCCAAGAUCGCUACAGGUUUCGAAGUUGCUGCUCAAUCCGAUGAAAUCUUACCAAAGGAUGGUGAACGUAACAUUAUCAUUACCUCUGCUUUACCAUACGUUAACAAUGUUCCUCAUUUAGGGAAUAUUGUUGGUAGUGUAUUAUCUGCUGAUAUUUUUGCUCGUUACUGUAAGACUAGAAACUAUAAUACUUUAUUUGUUUGUGGUACUGAUGAAUACGGUACUGCCACUGAAACUAAAGCAUUAGAGGAAGGUGUCACUCCACGUAAAUUAUGUAAUAAGUAUCAUGCUAUUCAUAAGGAUGUUUACGAUUGGUUCCAAAUUGGCUUCGAUCAUUUCGGUAGAACUACUACCCCUCAACAAACCGAGAUUGCUCAAGAUAUUUUCACUAGAUUGAAUGACAACGGUUUCUUAGAGGAACAAUCCAUGAAACAAUUGUAUUGUGAAGAACAUAACUCUUACCUUGCUGAUAGAUUUGUUGAAGGUGAAUGUCCAAAAUGCCAUUACGAUGACGCUAGAGGUGACCAAUGUGAUAAAUGUGGUGCUUUAUUAGAUGCAUUUGAAUUAAUUAACCCUCGUUGUAAAUUAGAUAACUCUACUCCAGUGAUUAAGAACACCGACCAUAUUUUCUUAUCUCUAAAUAAAUUAGAAGGUGAUAUUAAGGAAUGGUUCUUAAAGGCUUCUGAAGAAGGCCAAUGGUCUAAAAACUCUAAAACCAUUACUAGCUCCUGGUUGAAAGAAGGUUUAAACCCUCGUUGUAUUACUAGAGAUUUGAUCUGGGGUACUCCUGUUCCUUUAGAAAAGUACAAAGACAAAGUCUUGUACGUGUGGUUUGAUGCCACCAUUGGUUACGUAUCCAUCACAGCUAACUACACUAAGAACUGGGAACAAUGGUGGAAGAAUCCAGAAAAUGUUAACCUAUAUCAAUUCAUGGGUAAGGAUAACGUUCCAUUCCACACCGUUGUUUUCCCAGGUUCUCAAAUCGGUACAAAAGAAAACUGGACUAUGCUACACCAUCUAAACACUACAGAAUAUCUACAAUAUGAAGGUGGUAAGUUUUCCAAGAGUAGAAAUAUCGGUGUUUUUGGUAACAAUGCUCAAGAAACUGGUGUUUCUCCAAGUGUUUGGAGAUACUACCUGGCCUCCAUUAGACCAGAAUCUAGUGAUUCUCAAUUUUCUUGGGAUGAUUUUGUCUCUUCUAACAACAAUGAAUUGUUGGCUAACUUAGGUAAUCUUGUCAACAGAUUAGUUAAAUUCGUUGAUGCCAAAUAUAAUGGUGUUGUUCCAAAAUACGAUCCAAAGGAGAUCUCCAACUUUGACGAAUUGACCAGUAACAUCAACACUAUCCUAUCUUCUUAUAUCACAGAAAUGGAACUUGCACAUGAAAGACGUGGUCUAGAAAUUGCCAUGUCCUUAAGUGCUCGUGGUAACCAAUUCUUACAAGAAAACAAACUUGAUAAUAGCCUAUUUUCAGAAUUACCAAAGAAGUCAGACGCUGUUGUCGGUGUUGGUCUAAAUAUUAUUUACGCUGUUGCAUCCUUGAUAUAUCCAUUUAUGCCUGAAACCUCUAACACUAUCUACAAGAUAUUGAACGCUCCAGCCCUAAAGAUUAACAACGAGUUCAACUUAGUUAUCCAAGGUGAACACAAUAUUAAUAAACCAGAAUACUUAUUCAAACGUGUUGAUCCAAAACAAGUUGAAACUUGGAGAAGUCAAUACGGUGGUCAAUCCAAAGAAUAA